AUGCAUCGGGACACUUGCCCACUCGACUGCAAGGUCUAUGUUGGCAACCUUGGGAAUAAUGGGAACAAGACUGAACUGGAGCGUGCUUUUGGAUACUAUGGGCCUUUACGCAGUGUUUGGGUUGCACGAAACCCGCCAGGUUUUGCCUUUGUUGAGUUUGAAGAUCCACGAGAUGCCGCCGAUGCUGUAAGGGAGCUGGAUGGAAGAACGCUAUGUGGCUGUCGUGUAAGGGUAGAGUUGUCAAACGGAGAGAAGCGCAGCAGAAAUCGUGGUCCACCUCCGUCGUGGGGUGGAGGAAGACGCCCACGAGAGGAUUACAGAGGUCGAAGAAGCAGCCCACCGCCUCGUCGCAGGUCACCUCGACGCAGGAGCUUCUCACGAAGCCGUAGCAGGUCACUCUCCAGAGACCGUAGACGUGAAAGAUCUUUAUCCAGAGAGAGGAAUCACAAGCCUUCACGUUCGUUCUCCAGGUCUAGAAGCCGUUCUAGGUCAAAUGAGAGAAAAUAG